AUGUCGCUGUCCGGCGGGGAGCGCCCUGCGGGGCCGGGGACCCGCCUGUCCUGGCUGCUGUGCUGCAGCGCCCUGCUGUCCCCGGCCGCCGGCUACGUGAUCGUGAGCUCCGUGUCCUGGGCUGUCACCAACGAGGUAGACGAGGAGCUGGACAGCGCGUCCACGGAGGAGGCACUGCCCGCGCUACUGGAGGACUCGGGCAGCAUCUGGCAGCAGAGCUUCCCGGCCUCGGCGCACAAGGAGGACACGCACCUGCGGCCUCGGGGCUCUGCCCGCGCCAGGCCCGCACCGGCCCCGCGUGGAAUGUUCUCCUACCGGCGGGAGAGCGGCUCAUCCGCAGCAUCCCCCAGCCCCAGGGUGCGUGCAGGCACCGCCCGCUCCCUGGUCCACGCCAGCUCCUGGGGCUGUCUGGCCACUGCAUCCACCCACGAAAAGAUCCAAGGGUUGCCCUUUGGGGGCUGCCUGGCCAUCAGCGAUGGCCCCCUCCACAACAGCACGGGGACUCCUUUCUUCUACAUGACAGCCAAGGACCCUGUGGUAGCUGACCUGGUGAAGAACCCCAUAGCCUCCUUGAUGCUGCCAGAAUCGGAAGGAGAAUUUUGCAGGAAAAACAUCGUCGACCCAGAAGACCCCCGAUGUGCCCGGCUAACACUCACUGGCCGGAUGAUCAUGGUGCCACCAGGGGAAGUAGAAUUCGCCAAACAAGCUAUGUUUUCAAGGCAUCCAGGGAUGAGGAAGUGGCCCCGCCAGUACGAAUGGUUCUUCAUGAAGAUGUGGGUAGAGCACGUCUGGCUUCAGAAAUGGUAUGGAGGUGUGUCAGACAUCCCAAGGGAGGAAUACUUCAAAGCAGCUCCCAGAAAGGCCUGACAGUAACGCCAAGGUCCUGGGCUUUGCAUUAAAGUGAAGACCUUUGGAGUGAAGAAGCCAGACGGUCCCUGCCUGACUGCUGUCUCUUUGCUGAAGGGUGCCUAGCCGCCCUGUCAUCCUGCAGCAGAAUGAGAAAGGACAACAGGGGACCUUGACUUCAGAUUCACUGGAGUGGUCCUAUGCAGAUCUGCCGUCCACACAGGCACGUCCCGUAGAAAGAUAUUGUUUAUGCUGUACACAAUCCGGACACAC